GAAAGCCGACCAACUCUAGGCAGGGUGAAUAUGCCAUCAACGUUCCACCCCCCACUUUUACCGUUUCCCGGUCUCCCAUCCUUCUCACCUUCCUUAAUUCUUUUCCCCAACCAAUGAAGGCAUCCUUUUCCCUCCCUUUCCUCGUUGCUUCCUAUGUUGCCGCACAUGGAUACGUGCAAAAGGUCACCAUCGACGGUACAGAGUACACCGGUCCCGCUGUUGAUUCUGGCAGUACCGAUGGAAUCACCCGUGAAGUCUCGACCCAGGAUCCCGUCAAAGGUGCCACGAAUUCCAAUCUUACAUGUGGGCCAGGUGCCAUUGCAGCUAUCCAAGUCGCCGAUGCCAAUCCCGGAAGCUCCAUCUCGUUCUUGUGGACAGGUGCUAGCGGUUCAGCGUGGCCUCAUAAUGUCGGACCCAUGAUAACAUACAUGACCAACUGCGGCGACCAGUCCUGCGCUGACUACGAUCCGACGGGUACAGAAUGGUUCAAGAUUGAGGAAGUUGGCAAGACGGACGGCACAUGGGCACAAGCCGCUCUCAUGAGUGGUACGGCUGCCGAAGUGACCCUUCCAAGUAACCUCGCUGCUGGCAAUUACAUCAUCCGCCACGAGAUAAUCGCUCUUCACAACGCCCAGGCAGAGGGAGGCGCAGAGUUCUACCCUUCGUGCACCCAGCUCAAAGUCGGGGGCUCUGGUACCGGUACUCCUUCUGACAGUGAUCUCGUAAAGUUGCCUGGAGCCUACAGCGACACUGAUCCUGGCAUUCUGAUCGAUGUUUACACCGACAGCCAGAAUGACUCGUACACUUUCCCUGGUCCUGCAGUUGUCGACCUUGGUGGUGACGGCACCUCCUCUAGUUCAAGAGGAAUCUGCAGGCUGAAAAAGCACCCAACUGCCAAUGACACCGCUACUCUCGCCAAGAGGAAAAUUGUAGCCAGCCAUGUAUCUAGAAUCCUGCGUGGUUUGGACUUCUCUUUUCACAGGCAUUGACUGCUCAUACUCGCAUGCUGGCUCGUGCUUUUGCUUUGACUUGCUGGUCUAUCCUGUAUGUUCGAUACCUGGCUGUGUUUAUAUCCCUUGCGUAUUUUCUCCCACUAGCAUUUGCUAUCUGCCAUGCCCU